GAAACGCCCGCUCUUGUCCAAUGAUAUUAGAGCAGCAGCCGCUGGGGGCGGGGCUUCAGACAAUCCGCCGGCCGGCUAGAGUAACGUGUACUUGCAGCACGCCGAGACUUGAUCUAGUUCGUCUGAAAUGGGUCGCCGUAAGUCCAAGAGAAAGCCUCCCCCGAAGAAGAAGAUGACGGGGGACCUGGACACGCAGUUCACCUGCCCCUUCUGCAACCACGAGAAGUCCUGUGACGUCAAAAUGGAAAGAAGCAGGAACACGGGGGUGAUAUCGUGCACCGUCUGCUUGGAGGAGUUUCAGACUCCCAUCACCUAUCUGUCGGAGCCGGUGGACGUGUACAGCGACUGGAUAGACGCCUGCGAGACGGCCAACCAGUAGCCGGCGCUGCAGCCGGCUGCAUCUCAGGGAGGCGGAGCGGACGAGCGGACGAGCGUUGUUGCUGGCGGGUCGAUGCCACGUGGAUCAAGCCGGGUCACGGAGCAUAAUUGAAACAUUCAAUUAUGUUUCUUCACAGGUUUUAUGGUCGCUUGAGAUUUACGGCCCCGUAAAGAAAACAGCAGCUUCGCUUAUGAGUCCUCGGCAAACGUAUUCCUGUCAGUUUUUUCCUCUUACUGUGUAAGGUUUCAGCCCACAACUUUCUAUUUGACUUCAAGAGAUGGAUUAUGUAAUUUGUUCUUUUCAGGGCACCCUGAUUUAUCACACGCAUCCAGCAGGACUCUUGUUUCUAGAUGUCUGUAUGAGUCAUAGGUCAUUCACUUUAAGAUGUUUGUGCUUAAUAGUUUUAGUUUUAAUGGAUAUUAAAAAGUCUUAAAAGCGACUCUUAGUUUUUAGGCGAGACCCCUGGGGCCAGAUGAAUAAAUAACGCAUUCUUUCUACCAGCAAGUCACGACUCAUUCCCUUAUUUUAGCCUUAAAUGUAUAAAGACACUCCCUUAUUUACCAGUUAUCACGGAAAAGGAGCUUCUUUUCUUUGUCUUCUGGAAUGAUGUGGACAAAAACGUUAGUUCUGAAUUUGAAACCGUCAAAUCUUUAAGUUCAGUGAUGAGGAAUGAGAAGAUGAAAUGAUAGAGCUUUAAAUUUAACUAGAUAACAGGUUCAGCGGCAUCGAAGUUAUAAAAGUAGCACCACAAUCCUGAUAUUCUGCUAAUUACGGACAUUGGAGAACGCGUAUUCUGCGUAUUUAUUAACCCUGGUUAGCGUUUAAGUCGGUGGGGAAACGUGUGAGAAAGGCUUACACCUUGAAUAAAACCAAGGCACAAUAACGCAUUCUUUCUACCAGCAAAUCACGACUCAUUCCCUUAUUUUAGCCCUAAAUGUAAAGAGACACUCCCUUAUUUACCAGUUAUCACGGAAAAGGAGCUUCUUUUCUUUUCUUUGUCCGUCUUCUGGAAUGAUGUGGACAAAAUAAUUUGAAACCGACAAAUCUUUAAGUUCAGUGAAGAUGAAAUGAUGGAGCUUUAAAUUUAACAUCGGAGUUAUAAAAGUAGGACCACAAUCCUGAUAUUCUGCUAAUUACGGACAUUAGAGAACGGAGGCGUGGCUGGUGUUUACGAGGCGGACACUCCACCUAGGAACAGCACGCCAUCGUCUGCAUAUUUAUCAACCCUGGUUAGCGUAAAGUCGGGGGGGAAAGGUGUGAGAAAGGCUUUCACCUUGAAUAAAACCAAGGCACAAUAACGCAUUUCUUUCUACCAGCAAAUCACGACUCAUUCCCUUAUUUUAGCCCUAAAUGUAAAGAGACACUCCCUUAUUUACCAGUUAUCACGGAAAAGGAGCUUCUUUUCUUUUCUUUGUCUUCUGGAAUGAUGUGGACAAAAAUGUCAGUUCUGAAUUUGAAACCGUCAAAUCUUUAAGUUCAGUGAUGAGGAAUGAGAAGAUGAAAUGAUAGAGCUUUAAAUUUAACAUCGGAGUUAUAAAAGUAGGAUCACAAUCCUGAUAUUCUGUUAAUUACGGACAUUGGAGAACGCAGACGGAGGCGUGGCUGGCGUUUACGAGGCGGAUUCUCGCCGUCGUCUCCACCUAGGAACAGCACGCCAUCGUCUGCAUAUUUAUCAACCCUGGUUAGCGUUAAGUCGGGGGGGAAAGGUGUGUGUGGCAGGGUGGAGGAGCUGCAGCCACUCAGGCUGACGGGACACAGGUGUGGCCCGUCAGCCUCUCCACCCUGCCACAGUGUGAGAAACGCUUGCGCCUUGAAUAAAACCAAGGCACAAUAACGCGUUCUUUCUACCAGCAAAUCACGACUCAUUCCCUUAUUUUAGCCCUAAAUGUAGAGAGACACUCCCUUAUUUACCAGUUAUCACCGAAAAGGAGCUUCUUUUCUUUUCUUUGUCCGUCUUCUGGAAUGAUGUGGAAAAAAAUGUUAGUUCUGAAUUUGAAACCGUCAAAUCUUUAAGUUCAGUGAUGAGGAAUGAAAAGAUGAAAUGAUAGAGCUUUAAAUUUAACACCGGAGUUAUAAAAGUAGGACCACAAUCCUGAUAUUCUGCUAAUUACAGACAUUGGAGAACGCAGACGGAGGUGUGGCUGGCGCCGUCUCCACCUAGGAACAGCACGCCAUCGUCUGCAUAUUUAAUAACCCUGGUUAGCGUUUAAGUCGGGGGGAAAGGUGUGAGAAAGGCUUUCACCUUGAAUAAAACCAAGGCACAAUAACGCAUUCUUUCUACCAGCAAAUCACGACUCAUUCCCUUAUUUUAGCCCUAAAUGUAGAGAGACACUUCCUUAUUUACCAGUUAUCACGGAAAAGGAGCUUCUUUCCUUUGUCCGUUUUCCGGAAUGAUGUGGACAAAAACGUUAGUUCUGAAUUUGAAACUGUCAAAUCUUUAAGUUCAGUGAUGAGGAAUGAGAAGAUGAAAUGAUAGAGCUUUAAAUUUAACAUCGGAGUUAUAAAAGUAGGACCACAAUCCUGAUAUUCUGCUAAUUACGGACAUUGGAGAACGCAGAAGUGGUUGGCGUUUACAAGGCGGGCGCCUCGUAGGAACAGCACGCCAUCGUCUGCAUAUUUAUUAACCCUGGUUAGCGUUUAAGUCGGUGGGGAAAGGUGUGAGAAAGGACUUUCACCUUGAAUAAAACCAAGGCACAAUAACGCAUUCUUUCUACCAGCAAAUCACGACUCAUUCCCUUAUUUUAGCCCUAAAUGAAAGACACUCCCUUAUUUACCAGUUAUCACGGAAAAGAAGCUUCUUUUCUUUCUCCGUCUUCCGGAAUGAUGUGGACAAAAACGUUAGUUCUGAAUUUGAAACUGUCAAAUCUUUAAGUUCAGUGAUGAGGAAUGAAAAGAUGAAAUGAUAGAGCUUUAAAUUUAACAUCGGAGUUAUAAAAGUAGGACCACAAUCCUGAUAUUCUGCUAAUUACGGACAUUGGAGAACGCAGACGGAGGUGUGGCUGGCGCUGUCUCCACCUAGGAACAGCACGCCAUCGUCUGCAUAUUUAUCAACCCUGGUUAGCGUUAAGUCGGUAGGGAAAGGUGUGAGAAAGGACUCGUGUGUGCAGGUAGUUUAUGCAUCUGGCCCCGGACAAAGAGCCCGACCAUCCUGGGGUUUAAUUAGUCGCCCGGAGAAACCAGAGCUGGACGUUGACGCGGUUCCUGUCGGAACUCUGACUUUAGUUUCCUCAUCUCUUAGAAAUAAAUACUGGGAUGGAUCCGAGUCUUUCCUGUUCACUUCCACCUCUCCUUAUCCUCCCAAAGACUCGCGUGUCGGGGCCUCGCUCCGUCACGUGGAAAGAUUUCCGCCUCGCUGCUACGGUUAUUGAUUCUCUCCCUCAGCCGAUCGUGUGUAUCCUCCCCGAGAAACAAAAGCAAGACUUCUCCAAGUGGAAUAAAUGAUCUCUGAUGAGC